AUGCCGGAAUCAUCGAGGGGCACCUACCGACGAGGCGACUUCUUCAACGCGCCCCGGGGCCAACGACGAGGCGGCCGAGGCAAACGAAACGAGGCCGAUGAGCUGAGCCAAAGCCUUAGCGGCUUACAGAUCCUCACCCGAGCGCCGAGAGAUCGAACCGACGCCCCAGCUGAACCGUCACCAAACUCUGACACAACUCAAUUUCCACCAUUAUUACUUCGACCAAACCGCCCAGCCACUCCGGUCAAUGAACCGGCUCCACCUGUCCAAAUCCUAAAGAAUGCGGCGUCAGCUGCGACGGCCAGCACAAAAAUUCCCAUCACGUCGAAUACGAUGGCGGACGGCGUGAAGCUGAUCGGCGACAAUUUGUCGUUUUUCGAGCUUGUCAACGAGUAUCUCUCCGACACGAGCACGUCCUACACUGUCGUCAGCUGCAUCGGGCCUCAGGGAACGGGAAAGUCGACCUUGUUGAGCAUGUUGGGCGGUAACAAUUCGCAGGAUAUGUACAGAGAAUACAUCUUUCGGCCGGGUUCUCGGGAAGCCGUUGAAGGGUCGCGUCAUCAGACUAGCGGGCUGCAAAUCUAUGUUACAAGGACCCGGAUGAUAUACAUUGAUUGUCAGGCGAUUAAUAGUGGCUCUAUUUUGGAUGAGAGCAUCCGCAUUUCCAAGGGAGCUAAAAUCGAUUCAAGGCUGGAAGUUUCAAGAAAUAUGGAGUCACUUCAAUUCCUCUCCUUCUUGAUGCACGUCAGCCACGUGGUGCUGCUCAGCGUCGACUGGUUCAUCGACUUGGAGCUGUUGCGCGCGAUUAAACUGGCCGAGUCGCUGCGUGCAAAUAUGGCUUUUGUAGCUGCACAAUGCGGCGUGCCCGGGCUGAGCAUGACGCGCCAAGUGAAUCUCGUUGUGGUGCACGCUCGAGCAAAAGAUGCGGAUUUUUCGAGAGGAGAACGGCAGCGGCGUGUCCGGUUGCUUCGAGCCUGCUUUGCCGAUUCGACACGAAUCAAGGUUCCCACUGACGAUAACGCUGCCUACAUUUGCACUGCAGACAUCAAGCCAAGACGUGACGAUCAUAAAAAUGUACAACUGGACGAAUACGAAGAUGGCUGUCUGACCGAGGACUUCGAUGACACGAUCAAGAAACUACGAGUCCAGCUUGCCGCGUACUGCCGCGACAGCUUCACCAGCGACAAGUCGAAGAUGACAGAAAAACAAUGGUUACGCAUGGCUCGAGCCGUAUGGGCGGACAACGCUUUCAACGCGGCAGCUUCGAAGCUCAGUUCUCUUUAU